AUGUCAGUUACAAUCUUGGUGAGAGUCAACCUCCUGCUCCCCACCUCAGACUAUGUGUACCGAAGCAUGCUUUACCGUAUACCCUUCCUCCAAGACGUAUCUUGCGAACUCCACGGCAACGACGUUGCAUGCCACGUCCCGGCUCCAGAAGGAAAAGAGUGGGUCUCAGGCUGGUUUCACGUCCCAGAAGGUGAGAUGGCGAAGAUGCUUCUCGCUGUGAAAUGCAUUGAUUGCGAAGCACUCGACCAACGACAAGUUGCCAAUUUGGCUUGUAGCGAGUCACUCCCGCUCUCCUCCCCGCUUUCCUCUCUCAUUCUUCGGUCCAACGCAGCUUUUCAUAUCCUUUUCCCCGCGACACCCUUCUGUAAGCUGUAG